AACCAGAAAGAAGCGAACUUGGAAAUUCAGGAAGAAAACACUCGUUUCCAGCGAAAUGCGCGUGAAGUUUUGGUAUUGAGACAUGUCCCAGGGUGCAGCGAUCUUAGAUCGUAAAGUGUGGCUGAGAAAAAUGCCGAUCGGGAGGAUUUUCGGGGCGCAAACCACCUCCGCGUGGACCAAGGUCGAAAUCGGAGUGUGCAGCCUUGACUUCGUCUUUUGACAUGGAUAACAGUGAUGGUAAAGCAAGCUUAAAAAGGCAGAAAUCGCCAGAAACUACGAAGGAUACACAGGGCAUGAAAAAUACCAACCGACUUUUUCAAACGAGGUAGCUUGAUAUUCUGACAUGUCCAAUCCGUUGAUCAAGGCUGUUGUGACUACUCUUAUUCAAGUGGUGCUAAUCUUCGAUCAUCACAACGUUCAAGCAGAAUUUAGUGACACUUGCGACAACUCCACCAGUUCACUCUCAUGCAUUCAUACAUAUGAGCAGCUUUAUCACAAUUUAACAAAGUCAGAUAACAGUUUUAACAUUGAGUCUGCCUUAUUUCCAGCCAAGAAACCCUCUUCUGUUCGUGUGUUUGUGAAUUUACAUGGUCCCAACAAAACAGGUUCACCCAUUGCAAGGUACACUUGGAGCGUAUCUUGUCUGUAUGUUGCUAUUCCUGAUGUCUUCCUGGAAAUUGUGUCACUCGGAUCAAUCCUUGUCAGACAUCGGACAAAAGAAUUGAACUUAACAAUUCCACAUUUCUGUUGCAAUGUGUCGAAAACAGAGGAUGAAAGAAAGAAGACGAUAAACGAUAUGAUUGAAAAUGUCCUCGCUGCGCUUCAAGAUCUGGCCUCUUCACCAGGAAUAAGGAAUCCAGAACUAAACAAUGCAGAGUGUGUUAUCGAGGGCCAUGGUACAGAUAUGCAAGCUACAGGAAGAAAUGUCGAAAUCAGAAUAAUGAUAUGGAGUUCUUUCUGCUCCACCUGUGCAGCUUUCGGUCCACUCUAUGACAUGGUAGUGGCAUAUAUGGCGUAUUUGAAGGUAGUAAAUAGCCCUGAAUAUAAGGCUAUGCUAUGUUUAAGUGUUUUGGUGGGAGUAUCUGGUUCAUUUAUCUGGUUGAUACUUUUAUCUGUUGUAAUUUAUUUCUCUGUGAGAGACGGACUACUUUUCUACCUGGAUAUCUUACUUGUUUUGAUUCCCGUUUUGUAUUUUAUUACUCCCCUCUCCAAAAGAGUGAGGGACAUCUGGAAUAAUUUUAGGAGCUCUGAUCCAGGUCAGAUAAACAGCGGCUUUAUGUGGUUUCAGAAACUACUUGCCCCUUUAAGUGUUAUUUAUACCUGUUUCUUCUCCUGUUGGAUGCUCAUCGGCAUAGUGCUUAACCCAAUUUGGGGUUUGACAAUUGCACUAGCAGUAUGUCUUGUUAUUUCUUCUUUCAAUUAUAUAGUCGGCGGCUACGAAGUCAGUAGACAAAGGGAACGUGAUAAAAGCAUGCAUCGAUCUCUUCUUAUAAAAUGGGUACUUAUUUUUGUGGCUCUCAUAUUUUUAACAAAUGUUGUGAUUCUUGCCGGACAAUCGUUUAAUGGCAGAGAAACCGCAGAUGGAAUAUUCAAAACCACACUGUUUACCGCUCUUGUUUUUUUUACCUCGUGGUUCUCAUGGAAGAGGCUUUUCAGCCAAAGAUCAGAGAGUAGGGAAGAAGCCCAAAUGACAAAUCUACGUGACAUUCUUCAAGCUCUUCGUCAAAGACGAAGUCAAGAUGCUGAACCGGGGCUUGAACCCCAGCUUUUAUUCAGUCAUAUCAAUGAGUCACCCAGUGAUCAUGAUCCCACAUGGAUUUGGCGAGAAACCACUGUGUAA